AUGGGUGAAAAAAAUAACGUCUUAUCUCGUCCCAUCUUCCGACGAGAUGUCAACUGGGAGCCUUUCCCAAACUGGACGCAGCCAAGCCGUAUCUUUGCUCAGGAUUUUGGCCUCCCUCCUUUCCUGGAGCCUGGCGAUCUGGACUGGCUGGACUGGGCGAAGAGGAGGCUGGCGUCUUUCUCCUGGCCAGAGUUCACGCAAACCCCUCACCUGCCUCCGUUCGCCGGCCAGCACCCCGCGGCGCAGAGCCAGAAGGAUCUGAAACGACUGACGAGCGGAGUGUCGGAAAUCCGCACAGGGCAGAACAGCUGGAAGAUUAACCUGGACGUCAAUCACUUCUCACCAGAGGAGAUCAGCAUCACUACCAAGGAGGGGUAUCUGCAAAUAUCAGGAAAUCACGAGGAGAGGCAGGAUGAGCACGGAACGGUUUCAAGGUGCUUCACUCGAAAAUACAAGUUGCCUCAGGGUGUGGACUUACAGCACAUCAGCUCGUCCUUGUCUGGUGAAGGCAUCCUGUCGGUAGAGGCCCCUGUUCCAGGGACGACCCUCAGCAACCCGGGCAGGGAGAUCGUCAUCCCGGUUCAGAUCAGACAGAAACAAGAGGAGGAACAGUGAAGCCAGCAGGCC